CUAAACUUGUUUCAUAGUAUCUGUUGCUGAGAGAUGUAUGUAAAAUGAAAGCAUUUCGUCUCGAGCGGAACUAGUUAGAUGCAUUUCAUAAACUUCCGACUUGAAAAUUGACAUUUUGUCGAUUCAUCAAACAGUAGUUAUCAAGAAGAAGACGUGUAAUCAAGAUGAGAAUUUCCCAGAAGAACUAUUUGAUGUAAUAACACAAGAAAAUUGCAUCCAUGAUAGGUGCAAUUCAUGCUAUGAAUUCCGGGCUUUCUGUCGAUAAUUAUUGUUCAGUGCAUGGAUGAAGUAUGGCGGGAUAAAAAUCCUUUCAUGCCAUCUGACCCCAUCAGGAAAGCUCAAGCCAGGUUCUGGGCUGACUUUGUUGAUAAAAAGGUUUUUACUGUAGGAAGAAAAACUUGGGCUACAAAGGGAGAAGAUCUGGAGGCAGCUAAUAUGGAAUUCAUAGAGACCUACAAAAUUUUGGAAGGAGAACUUGGAGACAAGCCUUACUUUGGAGGUGCAAACUUUGGGACAAAGUACCAAAAACCAUUAAUUCUUCUUCACAUUUAGUCAAGUCCAAAAACCUUCUUAAAUCCCAAAAUGGCUUCAUA